CGGAAGCUGUUCUUCUUCGUGGGAGCAGGAGACUGUUGCUUAGUGCCACGUUGAUGGAGACCAGUGGGGACGUGGAAAUCUGUCUUGAGUCCGUAGCCGGGACCCGGUAGCCUCCUCUUCUGUUUCUACAGCCGUUAAUCCUCAAGCAGAACCGAAAGAGGAACUUGUACGGGUGCAGGCUGUUUGUGUUUGUCACCAGUUUUAUGUGUGCGUUCAUGUAAGAAGGAGCGAAGAAAGAAAGGAUGAAACUUAAAGAGAUCAACCGCACAGCCAUCCAGAGCUGGAGUCCUGCACAGCACCACCCCAUCUACCUUGCAACAGGAACAUCAGCCCAGCAGCUGGAUGCCUCCUUUAGCACCAACGCCUCCCUGGAGUUUUUCGAGCUGGACCUGACUGAACCGUCCCUGGACAUGAAGUCGUGUGGCAGCUUCUCCUCCCCACACAGAUACCACAAACUGGUCUGGGGUCCGUAUGGAAUGGAUGACGACGGUCACCCUUCAGGGGUGCUCGUCGCAGGAGGCGAGAACGGCGACGUCAUCCUGUACGACCCUGCAAAGAUCAUGGCUGGAGAGAGCGACGUGAUCAUUACUGAGAGCGACAGGCACACGGGACCAGUGAGAGGUCUCGACGUCAACCCGUUCCAGACUAACCUGGUUGCAUCAGGUGGGAAUGAGUCUGAAAUCUACAUCUGGGAUAUGAAUAACUUUGGCUCUCCAAUGACACCAGGACCCAAAACUCAGCCUCUGGAGGACAUCAGCUGUGUCUCGUGGAACAGACAGGUUCAACACAUCCUGGCCUCUGCCAGCCCGAGUGGCCGAGCAUCAGUGUGGGACCUCCGCAAGAACGACCUCAUUAUUAAAGUCAGCGACCACAGCAACAGAAUGCAUUGCUCUGGGCUGGCUUGGAACCCAGAAGUGGCCACUCAGCUGGUCUUGGCCUCAGAGGACGACCGGAUGCCGGUCAUCCAGAUGUGGGACUUACGUUUUGCUACCUCACCUCUCAAGAUUUUCGAGAAUCACACACGGGGUGUCCUGGCCAUCGCCUGGAGCUUGGCUGAUCCCGAGCUGCUCCUCAGCUGUGGGAAGGACAGCAGGAUCCUGUGCUGGAAUCCAAACACAGGAGAGGUGCUGUACGAGUUGCCCACCAGCAGCCAGUGGUGCUUUGACAUCCAGUGGUGCCCCAGGAACCCUGCGGUGCUGUCGGCUGCGGGCUUUGACGGACACAUCGACAUCUUUUCCAUCAUGGGAGGCAGCAAUCAGGCGCAGAGCCAGAGACACGCUGACCAGAUAAGCAACUCGUUUGGGAACAUGGAUCCUUUUGGGACAGGACAAACUUUGCCCCCCCUGCAGCUGCCCCAGACUUCUGCCCCUGCAGCAACAGCCAUCCCCCUGAAGAAGCCACCCAAGUGGAUCCGCAGACCUGUGGGAGCCUCGUUUGCGUUUGGUGGGAAGCUGGUGUCUCUGGAGAACACAAAGCUGAACCCGCAGCAGCCUCAGCAGCCUCAGCAGUCCACUGCACAUGUUGUACAUAUCAGCCAGGUUGUCACAGAAACGGCCUUCUUGAAGCGCUCCGAGCAGCUGCAGGCCACUCUGAGUGCAGGCAGCUUUGUGGAUUUCUGCCAGGGAAAGAUCGAUGCAGCUGGAAACGAGUUUGAAAAGACUCUUUGGUCUUUCCUCAAGGCUAAUUUUGAAAGUGAUGUCCGCAGCAAGUACCUGGAACUUCUGGGUUACAACAAAGAGGAGGUCGCCUUAAAGAUUUCAGCAGCACUAGAGGAAAAGCCUGCUGAUCACCCACAGGUGGAGGCGCCUGCUCCUGCCAGCCUGCAGCCUUUGGCGGACCUCAGCCUCGUGCCGCCUGCCGACACUCCCGAGGCAGCUUUCGACAUGAUUGCUGCAGCGAACCUUCAGCCAGAAGCCACUCCUGACCCAGAGAACGAAGAGCCGGCGGCGGAUUCAGAGGACGCUCUUCUCAGCAAACCAGAGGAAAACGCCGCACCAGAGGAGGGAGCGGAGGAGGAGGAGGAGGAGGAGGAGACGACUGCACUGGUGGCGGAGGAGUCCAGUCCUGCUGAGACCUGCGCUCCAGCCCAGGAGCUGGCUGAGGCUCCAGCUUCAGCCCACACAGGAGUCAGUCUCAGCAUCAGCCAAGAUGUGGACGGGCUGAUCACGCAGGCCCUGCUGACCGGAGACUUCGAGGGAGCUGUGGAGCUCUGUCUCCAUGACAACCGAAUGGCAGACAGCAUCAUCCUGGCCAUCGCCGGAGGGACCGAGCUCUUAGAGAAAACCCAGAGGAAGUAUUUCACGAAAACACAGAGCAAGAUAAGCAAGCUGAUCAGUGCUGUGGUGAUGAAGGACUGGCAUGACAUCCUGAAGACGUGCGAGCUGCAGAACUGGAAGGAGGCCCUGGCUGCUGUCAUGACCUACGCUCAGCCUGAGGAGUUCUCUUCCCUCUGUGACCUUCUCGGGGACAGACUGGAGGCAGCAGAGGACGCCCAGCUGCAAGUCCAGGCCUGUCUGUGUUACAUCUGCGCUGGAAACGUGGAGAAACUCGUGUCAUGCUGGACCAGAGCGCAGGACGGACGCUGUCCACUCUCUCUCCAGGACCUGGUGGAGAAGGUGGUUGUGCUGCGGCGGGCUGUCGAGCAGACCCAACGCUCUGGACCCGCCGCCAUCGGAAUCCUGCUGGCGGAAAAGAUGAGCCAGUACGCCAGCCUGCUGGCCUCCCAGGGCAGUCUGUCCACCGCCAUCACCUACCUGCCGGACAACACCAACCAGGUUGCCAUACAGCAGCUUCGUGACCGUCUCAUUCGGGCUCUGGGCCAGCAGGCGGUGGCUCCAGCAGCCUCAGUACAAACCCACAGAGCUCAGUCUCAGUUGCCUGCCUCGACUCGGGCUCUGCCCCGGCAUCCGUUCACCCCGAUCCAGCCCGCCAUGGUGCCUCGGGCCCCCGCACCAGCUCCAGUACCCAUGGCUACACCCGCCCCCUCCGCCCCGGCUCAGCCGCAGUAUUACCAGCCGGUGAGGGCUGCCUCCACUGUCACCUCCUGGAGUAACCAGACUCCCACAGCCCUCCCCAAUGUCCCUCCUCCUCUUCAAGACCAGCAGGUGGAGCCGCCAAACCCCAUGUACGGGAUGCCCCCCUCCGGCUCGGCUGCUGCGCCUCCACCCUCCUCCUCCACUCCUGCGUACAUGUUGUCCCAUCAGUACCAGCCCUACCCCCAGGUCAGCCAGUACCCACCUGGAGCUGGGGGGGUCUCUGUCUAUCAGCCUCUUCAGUACCGCCCUGCUGCUGCUCCUCCUGCAGAGCCCCCUGGCUUUCUCUCUCAGUACACACAGCACGUCUCCUCUCAGCCGGCACCUCCGGUCUAUCCCGGACCUCCUCCCAUCAGCCAGUGCCUGUCCUCCUCUCCUCCCUCCCAGGCUCCUUUCUUUCCCUCCUCCUCCUCCUCGUUUUCAGCUCCUCUGUCCUCCGGAGCGUCUUUCCAGCAUGGCGGUCCGGGAUCUCCUGUGUCCUACAUGCCUCCUCCUCUUCCUCCACCGAGCGGAGUCUCAGGUACACAGCUUGACGCUGACCCCGGGCUGAUCCCCGCCUCUCAGAGAACAGGGCCUCAGAACGGCUGGAAUGACCCUCCGGCCCUGAGCAGAGCACCGAAGAAGAAGCAGAUUCCAGAGAACUACACCCCUCCCGCCCCCAUCACUGCACCCAUCAUGGGUCCUCUGGGCGCUGACCCUCAGGCCCAGCCCGUGUCCUCUGGGGCCCCUCAGGGCAUGAUCCAGGGGCCACAUGGUGCCCAGGUCCCCUACUCAGGCAUGCACCAGCACCAGCAGCAGCAGCAGCAGCAGCAGCAGUUCUCCCCUCCACCUGUGAACCCUGCAAUGCCCAAGACCAGUAUGGAGGGCGCCCCGGGAGCACCAACAGGAGAUCUCAUACAGCCUCUGCAGUCCAUCCCUGCUGAGAAGAUCACGAAGAAGCCCAUCCCCGACGAGCACCUGGUCCUGAAGACCACGUUUGAGGGCCUCAUCCAGAAGUGUUUGGCUGUAGCUACGGACCCUCAAACCAGGAGGAAGCUUGAUGACGCCACCAAACGUCUGGAGGCGCUUUAUGACAAACUGAGAGAGCAGACGCUUUCUCCCACCAUUGUUGGAGGACUGCAUAACAUAGCCAGGAGUAUAGAGUCCAGAUCCUACACGGAGGGCCUCAACAUCCACACCCACAUAGUCAGCAACAGCAACUUCAGCGAGACGUCAGCGUUCAUGCCCGUACUCAAGGUGGUGCUGACACAAGCCAACAAACUCGGCGUCUGAUUGGGCACAAAACAAAAAGUAACUCCCCCAGUGUCUUCGAGUGGCGGGCGGCGGAGCGUGACUGGUCAGGGGUCGAGCUCGUUUCACAGGGAGCUGCAUUUCACUCACAGCGCAAAUUCUGAGGUGUCCGAAAAUCCGGAAAAUUCUUCUGCGUGCCGUUCAUGUUUUCUGACGCAGCUCAAACACAAGCCAUGCAAUCAGUCGCACUCAGUGGUGAAAGUGAAAUCCGAGCCCUGUGCAAAUAAAGGGCUAGAGACUGUUUAAUCCACCCUAAUCUACAGACAGGUUACACCAAACAUUUGUUCUCAACUCAUCUUCAUGUAUGUGACUUUAUGAAUAUGCAGCAGUCAUACUGGAAAUUUCACAACGUUAAGAGUUUCAGCACACUGGAAAUGACUGCAACUUGUAGACUGCAGUGAAAACAAAUUGGAAACGGCAUCAAGAGAUUCAGGAAUUUUAAGGGCGAUUUUAUUGAGGUAAUCAAAUUAAAUGUAGUCAGCUUGAAGAUUGAAGCCCACCUUGAUAACAGCAUGCUUUUGGCUCACGUCUGCACGAUCAUGCAAACAGCAAUCAUUUUAGGAAUAUUAGCUUGUUUAUCUUUAUAGACUUUAAAUAUUUGCGCACUACAACUAUGCUCAGAGGCAUUAUCACCCAUAAAUACGUAGAAUCCUGUCAUGCUUUAUGUUUGCAUAUGCAUCAUUGCUUGCGUCUCAUGAGGCCACAGGUGAACACUGUAAAAAAGGUUUAGAGAAGAUUUAACGGCAGCACACAGAAUCUGGAUACGUUUCAAAUCAGAUUAGCAGUCAGACCUUAAAUCCAGGAAUCUUCUUUCCCAAGCAUUUAAAAUUAAACUGAUAGUUGGAGAGCCAGUUUUUUCUUCUUUUUUUUAAAUAUAUAUGUACAAGAUUUAGUAUUUUAAACCCUUUUUCUGCUUUUACUGCCUUACUUUCACCACUGGUGUCACUACACACAGCACAUUGGACCAAGAUAUUGUCAGAGUGUGGGAUAUGCCAACGCAGAGCAAUGCAGUCCCACUUGUUAAGGACGUUUAAUGUUGUUUCAUUUCAUGUUAUUUGUUUUAUUUUUUCAGUGUUAACCGCGAGGCUCAGCAGAGUGCAAUGAAUUUUUGAGAGGAGUCUGUGCUUUAAAUGGAAUUUGAAAGUAUGCAUGCUCAAACAAACGCUCACAGUCUUCUUUAAUGGUAUUUGAUGUUAAUUAUCUGCUAAUCAAUCAGACCUCAGAGGGAAACUGGAGGGAGGCUCGUACUUGAUUUUCAUUCCAACUGUAAGGAGGCUCUGAGUGUUUACGGUGAUAACGGAAAACAAGUCUUUGUUUUAGAUUGACUACAUGCAAUAUUUUCAAUAAAUAGUAUUUAUUUACAGCUCGA